CUUGACCUUUGUACUAUAAUGAAGGACGUGGUCAUUGCGUGUGUAGGGAAACCAUCGGCAGGAAAGUCUUCCUUCCUGAACGCAGUGACGGAUGCGACUGCCAAAGUCGGCAAUUACCCAUUCACAACGAUUACGCCCAACAACGGCGUUGCUUACUUCCCGAUUGAGUGCCCAUGCAAGAGGUUUAAUAAAUCACACUUAUGCUCUCCCCGAUAUGGCCGUUGCAUUGACGGGAAGCGAUAUGUGCCUAUUCAGAUCAUGGAUGUUGCUGGACUUGUCCCUGGAGCAUCAGAAGGUCAAGGACUUGGCAAUCAGUUUUUGGAUGACCUCCGACAUGCUAAUGCCUUGAUCCACGUGGUUGAUGCCAGUGGUACCACAGAUGCCAAUGGGAAAGAGACAGUCGGAUAUGAUCCAAUUGGUGACAUUGAAUGGCUCCGGAGCGAAAUUCAUUCUUGGAUUUUCGGGAAUCUUGAUAAGAGAUGGAGUCAGAUCGUUCGAAGACAUGUAGCCGUCAAGGCUUCGACAGCAGAAACCUUACAUAACCAACUUUCCGGAUAUGGAGCAACACUGAAACUAGUGCAGCGGACCCUUGACAGGAGCGGUGUCAAAGAAGCCAUGGAUACCUGGGACAAGGAAACAAUCAAAAAAGUCGUUGAUGCUUUCUUGGAGGAGCGUUUCCCCACAGUCUUUGCUCUCAACAAGAUCGAUCUACCGGACUCAGAUAAGAAUAUAUCUAAAAUAAUGAGAAAAUAUGAUCAGAAUAAGGUUAUUCUCACAAGCGCCUUAGCGGAGGUAUUUCUUAGGAAACUUCAUAAACAAAAGUUCAUCAUAUAUGAGGAAGGCACAGACAACAUUUCUACCAAAGCAGACCUUCCCGAGUCUGACCUAAAACCGCUAGAUGAAAGGCUAGAAGCCCGCAUUGAGAAGGUACAGGACUUAGUUUUAUAUCGGUAUGGAUCAACGGGCGUACAAGAUGUCAUUCUUAAGGCUGUCGAGAUAUUAGGUCUGAUCCCUGCAUUCCCUGUCAAGAGCUUGAGUACAUUUGGCAAUGCCAAUGGCAAGGGUGUGUUCCGAGACUGCGUACUUUUAUGGCCUGGAACAACAGUUCUCGAAUUUGCCGAGAUUGUACACCCAGAGAUUGCUAAACACUACCUUGGCGCAGAGACAGUUGGAAAUCGAAUGAUUGGCGAAGACGAUGUAAUCACGUUAGAAAACAACAUUAUCUGCUUCAAGACAUCACAAUCAACACACGGCAAUGCAGCAGGUGCAGGUGCAGGUUCAGGCCAGGCAAACAAGAAAUAAAUUAUUCUUUUUAAAGUGCAU